AUGAAUGAGAUAUCAUUUAUAUCAAACGUAUUAAAUGAAUUACAGAAUGAUGAUAAUUUCGGGAACAAUGUUGAAUUUUCAUUAUGCAAGCAAAAAUACUCGUCUACUCUUUUAUCAAGAUCAAAAGUAUCAUCAGAAAUAAAUGAAGCGUUAUCAUUAUCAUCAUCACAAAUGAUCAUAAGAUCUGUCAAGAGAAAUGUUAAAAAACCUAAUCAGAUAAGUGGUAAUACACUAUCUGACUUAAAUUGUACUCAAAGUUCAAGUUCUUACAGUAGAGAAUUCUGUCGUUUAUUCACACACACAAUAUCAUCUAAAAGUGACAUGAAAACGGAAAUAGAUUGCGUCAGAAACUUGAUAAAUGUACAACCUAUUACUCCUAUCACAAACAUAUCUAAUUCAAGUACUUUAUUUUCACGUUUAAUCAACUAUGCUAUUCAUGGGCAUUUACGUGUAUGUCAUUUUCGAAGCAUUUGUUGGCGUAUAUUUCUUGGCAUUCUACCCAAUGAUGUAAGUCAAUGGUCGAAACAAUUAAAAAAAGACAGAGAAUAUUUUACCAUGUUAAAUUGUCGAAUUAAUAUUAAUCCACAUAAUAAUCACAUAAAAUCAGAUGAUCAUCCAUUAUCUUAUAGUAGAACAAGUUUGUGGAAUAAAUAUUUCUACUCAUUAAAAGUAAAACGUUUAAUAGCAAAAGAUGUUAAUAGAACAUUUCCAAAAGUGGAAUAUUUUCAUAACCAAAUUAUACAUAAUAUUAUGAUUGAUUUAUUGUAUAUUUAUACGGAACAUGAGAAUAUUUCUUAUCAACAAGGUAUGCAUGAAAUAUUAGCACCUUUAUUAUUUGUUUUACACUGUGAUCUAACUGCAUUUGAACAUGUUGUAGAAAUGAAAAUUAUACCAUCUAAUUUAUGGAAUGAUUUAAAUUAUAUUAUGAAUAAGGAAUACUUUCAAGCUGAUGUUUAUAUGAUGUUUGCAAAAAUUAUGAGUUCUGUCAAAAAUUGGUAUCCUCAAACAAAACUAUCAACUUAUGAUCAUGACAAAAGAAUAAGAAGACGUACAGUUAUAGGAUUACCAACAGCAAUAACACUUUUAAAAUCAGAAGCAAAUUCAACCUCCAAUGACCCAGAACAAAUUCGCAUGGUUACUAAUACAAUACAAAACAAUAUUGAUAAUAAUAAUUCUAAAUAUUUUAAAAUUUACGACGACAACAAUAACGACGAAUUAGAUGGAGAGGAUCAUGAAGAAAUUAAAAAUGACAGUGAAAGUGAUGAAGUCAUCGAAAAAUUUGAAAAGCAGAAUGAAGAUGAAUUAAAACAACCUGACUGCGGAAAUCAACACACGUUUCAUUUCGAUCAGCAAGAACAUUCUAAACAUAACUGUUCAGGAGAUUGUUUUUUAGAACAAAUACACAAACAAUUAUUGUUGAGACACAACCCAUUAUUAUACAACCAUUUGAAAAAAUUAGAAAUAUCACCAAAAUUAUUUGGCUUAAAAUGGAUACGUUUACUAUUUGGUCACGAAUUCCCCCUACAAGAUUUAUUAUAUAUCUGGGACUGUAUAUUUGCCAUAAACAAUAAUUUAGCAUUUGUUCCUUAUAUGUAUUUAAGUAUGCUGUUACGUUUAGCGCCAACAUUAAUAAAAUAUGAGUUUACAGAAUGCUUAACAUUAUUGAUGAAUUAUCCAACCGGUAUAGAUGUAACUUAUUUAGUCUAUAUGGCGUUACAUUUGUAUAGACCACAUUCAUAUAACAAACCGUCGAAUAUCUACGAUUACUAUUCCAUCUUCCAUAGCAUUACUAUUGGUGAUGACGACAAUAAUAAUAAUAAUAAUAAUAAUAAUAAUAAUAAUAAUAAUGUUACAAACAGCAAAACCAAUGAUAUAUCCGAUAACACCGGUUGUAGUAGUAAUGACAACUAUAAUUAUGAUGUAAAAACUACGAAUUAUGGCAAAAACGAUAGUGAUGUUGAUAAUAUUGACAAAAUAAUCAACAUUGAGAACAGCUAUAAUGAUAGUAAUAACAACGUCAAAAAUAAUCCAAUAUCAUCUCUUCCAUCAUUAAGUAAUAAAAUAAAAUCUAAAAUAAAGAAUGCACGUUUUAGUAAUAUUUUCAACAGUUAUCGAGAAAAAAACAAUAUAGAUAAUCCUAUUACUAACACUGAUAUUAUAAAACGAAGUAAAACAUUUAAAAAUAGGAAACAAGUAAUAGAUAUACCAAAAAGGAGAUCAUUAGCUGAUUUAACAAGUUCAAAGAAAUCAAUACACACCAAGUCAAAUGAAGAAAAUAUUCGACUUUCAGACAUAAUGAUAUCGACUGAAAGCACAAACAAUAAUAAUUGA